AUGAACACGAAGAAUGACGCGGGCGGAAGCCAUCUGUGCGGGGGAGAGGACAUUUCGGCGCUCGUCGUCGACUUGGGGUUCAGCACGACGAAAAUUGGCCACAACCAGGAAGACACUCCCAGGGUGUUCUUGAGGAGUACCUGCGGGGAGGAGGUAUCACCUGGGGGAGGCGGUGGUGGAGGAAGUGGUACUUGGAGCGACAGUAUCCGUGGACAUCCCUCCCCGAAGCUGAAAUUCCCGCUGAACCUGUACAAUCCGCAAGAACACGUGCGGAUAAAACCCCUGUUCGAGAGAAACCCAGUGGACAACACAACACACAUGAACUGUGAUGUAUUUGAGAAAAUCCUCCACUAUGGAAUUGAAGGAGUAGAAUCAAAGAGAGUCUUCCACUGCACAGAUGAGAUCAUAAAUCCGGUGAAGUUAGGUGGACUUCACUUAAAAAUUGAGGAGCAUCCAAUUUUGCUCUCCGAAGCGAAUAUACACAAUCACAAAGUAAGAGAACAGAUGACAGAAAUCCUUUUUGAGACGUUUAACAUCCCUGCAUUGUAUUUUGCGAAGAAAGCCAAGUUAUCUGCCUUCAGUUUAGGUCGAUGUAGUGCACUCGUUGUCGACAUCGGAGGCAGCUCUCUAAAUUUAACCCCCGUGUAUGAGGGAUACGUUCUUCAGAGGAACCCCUUCGAGUUUAACAUUGGCGGGGACUACUUUGACCGGCUGAUUUACACUUUGCUGAGGAAGGACCAAGUGAGGGUCGUCCCGUACUACGAGCAAGGGUUGACGUGGCGAGCAUGCACUAGCAGCGGGGAUAGCCGCUUCGGUAGCGGCGUAUGCCACCCCAAUGUACAUACCUCCUACAAGGAAGAAGCCAUUUUCGAUGUCAUUCGCUACAUGAAAGAGAGCAUCUGCAGAGUCCGCGUCGGACCGAAUGGCUCCGCUUCUAAUAAGAAGAAUGAAAGCACAACAGAGAAUGUGAAGAAUGAGAAGGAGGUGGAACCUUCCGGGCAAACAAAUAACGGUGCAAAAAAUGUUAACACAAAGAAAUGGCAAAAGGGGGAAGACGAAGAGGAAGAUGAAUUCUUUGAAUUACCCGAUGGAGUCAAAAUCAAGACAGACAAAUACAGAUACGACAUUGCAGAGGAGUUAUUUCGUGCCGUCCCAUCGGAUCCUAAUUUUAAUGGACUGCCGGAAGCCAUAGUUAAGUGUAUAAUAUCGUCCGAUGUAGACAUACGAAAAGAAUUUCUGCAGGCCAUUAUUGUCACGGGGGGAUCUUCUCUUUUCCCUGGCCUCGUCGACCGACUGUACAACUCGCUCAGGGAGAAGGAGUGCUUUUCGCAGAGCAUCAAAAUGAAGAUUCUAAAUAUGACUUCGUCCGUGGAGAGCCUGUACUCGUCCUGGCUCGGAGGUUCCAUACUGGCAAGCCUGGGGACCUUCCAGCAGCUGUGGGUUUCACGGGCGGAGUACGACGACGCGGGUCACGCGGUGGUCUCCGAUCGGUGCUUUUGA